AUGAACGGUGCUGAUAAGGUUCGUGCCGGCGAGGGUGAGAUGAUGAACGGUGCUGAAAAGCUUCGUGCCGGCGAGGGUGAUCAAGAGAAGAUAUCUUAUUGCGAGAGUAUAGAAGCCGAUGUUUGCAUCAAUUACAAAAUUGAGGACUUGGCUGCAAGGGUAAAGAAAGAAAAUGGUGGUCAAGGUGUUGAUGUGAUUCUUGAUUGUACUGGAACACCUUACUUUCAUAAGAAUAUUGAUAACUUAAACUUUAAUGGAAGGAUUUUCAUUAUCGGUACUCUAGGGGCAUCUUUAAUCUUUGGCCUGCAAUUGGAUAUGGGGAUGGAAAAUAUAAAGUCUUGGGUCCACCAACGUUUCCAUUUUUCUGAAGCAGCUGAGGCUCACGAGCUUGUGGAAACUGGUCCGCAGAUUGUGUUUGAUGUACAUUUGAUGUACAUGAAACAUAUUUUUUGA